UGCAAUAUUAUAUUCUCCCCUGCUGAGAUGGAAGCCUCGGGAAAUUAGCUCAUGUCAUUAUUCUAUUAUGAUGAUGGGUGUCUACCAUAUUGUUUAGUGAAGAGAAGGAAAAACGAGAGCGUGCCUCAUCAGUGUCAGCCUGGCCUGCCUGUCUACUUGUCUUUUCCAGGAUAUCGGGGUGCCAACUCACAAUAUCAGGUGCCAUGUCAGAAGAGAAUGUUGUUUGGGGUAUACUGACUCAGUCCAUCUCUUUGGACAUCCCUGAUUUCCUGAAGGACUGGGAAGUAGAUGAGAUACGGUGGUUGAAAGGAACGUCUGUGAUUGCAACAACAAAGAAAAAGGGGAAAAAUUUGGUGAAAAAUGAAACAAUCUACGAAAUAUUCAGCAACGGAACCUUGAGAAUUAACAAUCUGGAGAAAGAUUCUGAGCACAGCUACAAGUUGGCAGUGUAUCAUCAUAAUGGGACAAACCUGUUGGAGAAAGUGCUGACUCUGCAUGUGAUGGAGGCUGUUUCCAAGCCAACAAUGACAUGGAACUGCACCAAAAGAAGUAUCAUCUGUGAGGUUCAGAACAGAACUGAUGCCGAGCUGACCUUAUUUGACAAUGGGACGCAGCCUCUGAAGAAGGGGACCGUGAAGAAGGAGGGACUGAGUCUCAAGUACACCUGGCAGGGCCUACCACCAAGGGAGUUCAAAUGUGUGGUGAAAAACCAAGUCAGCGAGGAGUGGGCUGUGGGCCAAAACCCCUGCACAGCAACAGUCCUGGACAUUUAUCACAUCCUGAGUAUUUGUGGAGGUGGGGUAAUCCUGUUAAUCUUCUUGGCUCUGCUCAUUUCCUGUUGCCUGAGGAGGAAAAAACAAAAUAAGAAGACAAAUGAUCAGAAUCUAGAUAUUAACAUCCCCAGACUAAAUAUGGAAGAGAGAGGUCGAAAGAGUCCAGGACACCAUCCGCAGCUAGCUGGUGGUCGCCAUCCUCAGCAACCAGGAGGACGCCGCCCCCAGACACCUUGUCACCAUCCCCAGGCACCUGGCCACCGUCUCCAGGUACCUGGUCACUGUCCCCCAGCAGCUGGUCAUCGUCCUCAGCCGCAGCAGAAAAGGCCUUCUCCCAAAGUCCAGCAGCAAACCGGCCCUCCCUUGCCCAGGCCUCGAAAUCAGCAGAGACCUCCUCACCAGGGGAUGGAAAAAUGAGAAUUAUUUCUCCUGCGAGAAGUUUUUCUUUGCCCCACCUGUGAACAGAUGUAAAAAGGUCCUUCCAAAUAAGCAAUACUGCGGUUUUCCCUAUUCAUGGUGCAAAUUCCUAUGAGCGUUUUCUAUUGUUGGGUUAUUACUUUUCCUAAGCAUCACUGGUCAUGGACAGUUUGUGAGGGCUUAUCUACUCUGGUAAGGGAGAGAGAUAUAAUAUGAAAUGAAGGAAACCAAAAUGCCUGAGGACUUGUUGACCUGGUCCAGGGUAAUGUGGUUUCACGCCCACACUCCUUCAGUGUCAAAGAGAGAAAAGCGCUUAAGGUUGCAACCAUUAGAAGGAUGAAUUAUAGUAUCAUUGAACCGGAGGUAGAAUGGACCCUCAGAUGACCAAUCAACAAUUCUUACCCUUGACAAGAGAAGUCCUUGGUGUUUUCUGGUUCAAUCCAACAGUCCAACAAGUAAGACACUUUGCUAGGCACCAGGGCAAUAAAAAUAAACUGAAAAACGUAUUUGUCCUUAAGGAACUUAGAUCUUCCUGGGCUGACACAACACGCAGCUAAGUAAGUACCUCAUCAGUUAAGGAGGGGGGAGAGAAUAUUAACAAGUAAGGCAGGGGUUCUUUACAUUUUCUGUGUCAAGGACUCUUUCAGCAGUCUUUUGAAGCCUAUGGAAACUUCUCAGAAGAAUGUUUUUAAAUGAAUAAGAUAAAGCAAAUAGGAAUACAAAAUGAUAUUGAAAUGCUUAUUGACAUUAUUUUUUUAAAAGUUCAUAGACCCCCAAGUUACAAACUUGAGUAUCAAAAAAUACUUCCCCUAAGAGAUAGUACAAGUACUGAGCCUUGAAGAAAGUGAGGGAAUAAUACAUAUUGGUGUGUUUUUUUUUUUUUUUAAAGCUUGACUGGGCCAUGCAGAUAUUGUGUAACUAAAUGAGAAAAUCCUUCUCUUGAAGUGUUUGCUUAUCUACUCUUUUGUAAGGGAGCGAGAAAUCAUUACUGUGACAAUCUCAGUCUGUUCCUCGUCAGACAGAGCCAGUGUUAAGCAGUUAAAAUAAAACGGAGUUGGACCGGGUCUAUACAACAGGAGAAUAAUCAAACUGGGGUCCCAAAGUCUGGUCAGCACAGGUCUAUAAGAAGGUCUAUAGCAUCCCCACUCCCACACCCAUAUCCAAGUCCCACGGCAUGAAACUGAAAAGGGAGGUGUCAGCUCCCCAGCUUGGCGGCAUCAAUAAACCACUGCAAAUUGGGAUGAGCACAACUUGGAAUUGAGAUCUGGUUUCCCUGUGCUGUUGGAGCUGCUCACGAUUCUCCUCAAUGGCCACUGGCGUCCCUCGGCCCUGCACAGAUACUCUAGGAAGUGGGAAAUCACGGUUCACAGGACCAAAGACCAAAAAAAAAUGGAAGGGAAGUUGGAGGAUGUCCAAUCCAACCUCCUCAUUUUACUGAUAAGGAAACCAAGGCCCAGAGGGAUGAAAUCAUUUACCCAAAGUCACUCGAGUAGAAAGCAGCAAACCUGAAAGUGACCAGAGCUUUGGCACUGUCAGGGAUCUUAAAGGCCAUCUGGUCCAACUCUGCCACUUUACAGGUGAGGAAAUCAAGCCCCAGACAGGUUGAUUUGUCUAGGGUUACACAGCUGGGAAUCAAACCUAGGUCUACUGAUUCCAAAUACAAUAGUCUUUUCCAUAGCAUUUUUUUUUUUUUAGUGAGGCAAUUGGGGUUAAGUGACUUGCCCAGGGUCACACAGCUAGUUAAGUGUUAAAUGUCUGAGGCUGGAUUUGAACUCAGGUACUCCUGACUCCAGGGCUGGUGCUCUAUCCACUGAGCCACCUAGCUGCCCCCAGUCUUUUCACAGUACCACACUAUUUGUUGUGAAUCAACCCAAGUCCAGUAGUAAGAAGCCAAACAGAUGGCAUCACAAUAGCAGGAAUGAGAAAGAAUUUAGUCCCAUCAAACAGCCAUAAUGGGUCAUUAUAGAAAAGUCCCCCCACAGGUUUACAGAUAGCUCAGGGCUGGCCAAUUGCCUCUGCAUGCCUAUGCCUAUUCCCACCCGGGACUUGAUAUUCAGGUACUCUGGAUCAGGGAGGAGAGAAGAAACAGGAACGAACAAGAAUUGUCCGUUAAAGUUCUAAAGUGGAGACAAUGAAGUCGGUUCUUUGAAACAGCAGUGUGAUAUUUGUGGCUCUAUCUCUUCCUGGGUUUCUCAAACUUGUUCAGCCUUGCCAGGAAACAUUGAGGUCUAAACCACAAACUCUCUGUGCACUUAAAACUUCCUGUGACAGCCCUGGUAUGUGUGUAUAUGUGUGUGUGUGUGUGUGUGUGUUGCACACUUUGCCCACUUAAUAUGAGUCUCCAGUUUGAACAUCUGGAGUCAAUCAUUUAAAAAGUUAAAACCCCACAUUUAUUCACUUGGAAUGCAAAGAUGAGAACCAACAGGAUAACAACAUUAAGCUAAGCAUCUACUCAGCUGGAUACAAGAGGACCCUGGAUCCUCUCCCUUUCUCCCAUCUGGGCAAUGCAGAAAAAUCCUGCCCUUCUUUUGAGACCCAGAUGAGUCCCCCCUUCUUCAAGAAGUCUUCUGUAAUCUAUCUCCUCCUCUGAACACCUGGUUUAUCUACAUGCCUUUGGUUUAUGGGUGCCCGGCACAUAGUCAGUUCUUGAUAAAUGCUUGUUGAUUAAUUGAUUCACUAUCUCAUAUUGUUAACCUUCCUUUUGAUAUGUGUAUUUCUGGUUUUUCAGGCUAACCUGUAACUUUUCAAGGGUAGAAAGCAUCUACUAUGUUUGUGUUUGCCCACACCAC